CCAUGUACUUUAAAGAGCUGCGGUCUGCGGAUACGUUGUAGCGGACCUCAACGCCGCCUGCUAACGCUGUUACACUAGCCUGCUUAUGUAAACAACACUGAAGGAUGUGAUUUGGAAGUUUUCUUUUAUAGCCACUGUCCCUUUUGCUCACUAUGACGCAGCCGGCGGAGAAAGUGUAUUAUCGCUUUGUGGUGCUGUUCUUCAACUGCCUGCUGACAUUUGGCUCCUACUUCUGCUUUGACAUCCCCAGUGUUUUGCAGGAUCAGUUCCAAGGGAACCUGACAUGUCCCAAUGCAACAGUGAUCAAUGGGACAGUGGACUGUGUCGAGGGAUUGGGGAUGAGUCCUCAGCAGUACAAUCUUCUUUAUGCCAUCUAUGCUUGGACGAAUGCAGUAGUGGUGGUCCUGGCUGGGUUCUUGAUUGACAAAUUAGGAAAUCGCUUUGGAGUAUUUCUGUUCUCUUUUCUGUGUGUUUUGGGCUCGUCGCUGUUUGCACUGGGUUCCCACUUCAAAGGAACUCCCUAUCUGCUGCCACUUAUGCUCACAGGCCGACUACUGUUUGGAUCAGGCAAUGGAUCUCUGACCAUUGUUCAGAACCGCAUCACAGCCUUCUGGUUCAAAGGGAAGGAGCUGGCCUUGGCUUUCGGUCUGACCCUGGCUUUCUCUCGCCUGGGUUCAGUCUUGAACUUCUUCCUCACCCAGAAGUUUGAAGAAAAAUAUGGCAUGCAGUGGACACUCUGGGGUGGUGCUCUACUGUGUGUGCUGGGCUUUAUAUCCGCCAUUAUAGUCAGUGCCCUGGACAAGAUCGGAAUGAGGCAGCUGGGUCUUGAUGGCGCCAUCCAAGAGGAGUCCCGCAAAGUGAGGAUUCAGGAUGUGAAGCUCCUGUCACUAAGAUACUGGCUGCUGGUUCUCACCAUCAUGUUCUUCUACAACGGCAUCUUCCCAUUCAUCGCAGAUGCCAGUAAGUUCAUUCAGGAUAAGUAUAAUGGCUACAGUCAGAAGGAGGCGGCCUACAUCGCCGGGGCAGUUUAUGACAGCUCACUGGUCCUCUCAGCCAGCGUGGGCAUUCUCAUAGAUUAUGUGGGUCUACGGGGUAUUUUCGCAGUGGCCUGCGCCGUCCUCACACUGCCUGUGUUUGGACUCCUGGCCUUCACCUUUGUCCCUCCUCUCAUCUCCACCAUAUGGCUGGGAGUCACUUACUCCUUUGCUGCUGCAAGCAUGUGGCCGUCUAUUCCUCUCGUGGUACCUCAGGCGACUCUGGGAACAGCCAUGGGUCUGGCCACCUCUGUACAGAUGGUUGGGAUUGGGGUGUCUAAUCUGGUUGUUGGGCAGAUUCUGGGGACUAAAUCCAGCGAAACUAAAAUUCCAUUGUGGCGUUGGCAGAGGAUGAUGAUCUUCAUGUUGGCCAACACCAUCAGCUGCAUCGUCACCUCAGUGCUGCUCAACAUUGUCGACCAUAGACAGGGCGGGGUGCUGAACAAGACAACCAAGAGGUCAGAGCAGGCAGAGAGAGACUCAGAAAGAGAGCCGCUCAACCAGGGAGAGGAAGAGCAAAAUGAGGGUGAGGAGGACAAGGCGGUCAGAUCUCGUCCUAUCAACUCCUAAGCUUUGUUUCCUCAAGUUUGAACAUUUCUCUCUCUCUUUUUAAAUGUGCCAGUUUUUAAUUUGAACUUGUUUUAUUGCACACCUCACUGAAACAUUACUAUAGACAUUUGUCUAUAGUUGCUACAGCAGAUAAUUGAGCAGUUUUAAUGAAUCAGAAUAUAUCCCUGUUAAAACCAGGUAUUGCAGGUUUUUCAGUAGUACGGGUAAAAAGAAAAAAAUACACAAAACAUCACACUAUCUCUUUAACUUUUUAAAUUUUUGUUUUUUGUUUAUUUGAGCUGAAACACAUUCACAUCAUAUCAUCACUCAGCUAUCAGCUGUACUGCCAAAACUGACUGUGUGAAACUUACUGAGGUCACUAAAUCAUUUUAAUGUCAUUACAAAAAUCUGUUUUUCAUUAUUUUCUUUCUAAUGAAAAAGAGAAAUAUUUUUACCUCUUAUCUGUAUGUUCAUGUUUUAGAGUUUUAACUAUGUAUGACAUGUGUUGGAGAAGGAAAUUUUGAUCUAUUUUGCAUUGCCAAAACAGCAAAAAUAAAAUGCUGUUUUCCUUU